AUGUGGAUCGUCAACUGGUUCUACGAUGUCCUGGCAUCGCUGGGUCUCCUCAAUAAGCACGCGAAGCUCCUCUUCCUCGGUCUGGACAAUGCCGGCAAGACGACGUUGCUGCACAUGUUGAAGAACGACCGUGUUGCCGUCCUGCAGCCCACCGCACACCCCACCUCGGAGGAGUUGGCCAUCGGUAACAACCGCUUCACGACCUUCGAUCUCGGUGGUCACCAGCAGGCUCGCCGUCUCUGGAAGGAUUACUUCCCCGAAGUUAGCGGAAUUGUCUUCUUGGUUGAUGCCAAGGACUACGAGCGUUUCCCUGAAUCCAAGGCUGAGCUCGACGCUCUCCUCGCCAUGGAGGAGCUCUCUAAGGUUCCCUUCCUCGUUCUCGGAAACAAGAUCGAUCACCCCGAUGCUGUCAGCGAGGAUGAGCUGCGCCACCAGCUCGGUCUUUACCAGACCACCGGUAAAGGCAAGGUUCCUCUCGAGGGUAUCCGUCCUAUCGAGGUCUUCAUGUGCAGUGUUGUUAUGAGACAGGGAUACGGCGAGGGCAUCAGAUGGUUGUCUCAAUACGUUUAA